CAGAAAAAAAUAUUGUCAAACUGUGUGUCACCAGAAACAACAAAUCGUCGUUUUGCGAUUGUUUGUGAAUUUCAAAAAUUUCUUUAUUUUAUCGAAUAAAUAAUGGCAGAUAACGAUGUGUUUGAAGAUAAUCAAUAUCCUGACAACGACGAGUUCGUACCAUACGUAACAGCUGGUAAUCUCGCACAGAAGAAUGGCGCGAAAGUAACGCUUUGGGGCAAAGUAACCAAAGUUUCGGCGAGCGAAGGGUUCUACGUAAAGACUGUAGAUGACCAAGAAGUUUUAAUAAGGUUAAAAAAGCCUUUAAGUGAGCCGCUUGAAGGGUGGUAUGAAAUCCAUGGAGUUUCCCAGGGGAAGAGCGUACUUUGCGAUGAAUAUGUGCCAUUUCCUGAAGCAAUUUGCAAGAACAUUGAUACCGAAGGACACAAGGGAUUAGCAAGACUGCUGGUAGCUCUCGACGACCCCUGGAACCUCGGCGACGACGGAUCAAAUGCCAUGAAUGGAAUUACAGAAAUGGAAUAAAUGUGAUGCGUGGUUAGAGGUUAGGAUAAGUUCGCAUUUAGUGUAAACAUUAUUAUUUUUAAUACAAAAUCCAAACAUAA